AUGACCCGUCGCAUUGUUCGCACAAUCAGCCAGCUCGGCGCUCUGCUGGCCACGGCUCUGCUCUUUGUCUUCCUUGUCGACACACGCUACCGCCUGCUCCCGCAUUCCAUCCAUACCCAGAACUUCUUGCACCAUCCCGGCCUCAUCGUCACCGAUGUCACCCUAACCACCUGCUCCUCCAUCAACCCCCUGUCCUCGUGCCAGCUCGAUCCUUCAAAAUGGCAUCGCAUCGAAAAAGACUUAUAUCUGCAUACCGGCUGGAUCUCGUCCGCAUUUCUCCACGUACAGCGUAAAAAAGAGGAGGAGCUUACCGACGACGACAAGGUUGUUGUUGACCUUCGCGUUGGCCGUCUGGACCCUGGUGUUGGCGAGAAGGGCCAGCAGCAAGAGCAGUGGGAGUCUCGUCCUGGCAACAUCUGGCUCCUGAGGAGCAACAAGAAGAAAGAUUCCGACAGCGACAGGGCCGUCACUGCUGUUGAUGUCCUAUUUGGCGCUGACGCGGUCGACCCACGUCCCGGGUGGUCUGUCACACAGACUCCCUUGCUCCUUGAUGCCGCUUCCCGUCUUCAGGCCGCUCGCAUAACCAUUCGCCAUGGUCCCCUACGAGCCGACAAGAAAGAAGUUGUGCCAAGAAUCCGCAAGGACGGAAAGUUCAAAAUCAUACAGCUCAGUGACCUCCAUCUGAGUACUGGCACCGGUGCCUGCAGAGACGCCGUUGACGCAAAAGGCGACAUCAAGGGCAACUGCGAAGCAGACCCUCGCACACUUGACUUUGUUGGCCGCAUCCUCGAUGAAGAGGCUCCUGAUUUGGUCGUACUCGGUGGUGACCAGGUCAAUGGUGACACAGCACCAGAUGCCCAGAGCGCCAUCUUCAAAUUCGCCGAGCUCCUCAUCUCGCGCUCUAUACCUUAUGCUGCCAUCUUUGGCAAUCACGACGACGAAGGACCGAAAGCCACUCGUCUCUCUCGCGAGGCCCAAAUGUCUCUGCUCUCUACUAUGCCUUUCUCGCUGUCUCGCCCGGGGCCCGACAACAUCGAUGGUGUUGGUAAUUACUACGUUGAGGUUCUAGCUCAAUCACCUUCCCAGAACUCGGCCAUCACGCUAUAUUUCCUCGAUUCUCACAGCUACAGCCCUGAUGAGAAGACAUAUAGAGGGUAUGAUUGGGUCAAGCCUAACCAGAUUCAGUGGUUUACCGAGACCGCUCAGAGCCUCAAGACGCAACAUGCGAAGUAUACUCAUAUACACCUUGACAUGGCUUUCAUCCAUAUACCACUGCCCGAGUUCGUUAUGGAGGGCAAUCUUGUCGCUGGAGGUGAAUUUCGAGAACCAAGUACUGCACCAGGCUACAACUCCGGCUUCUACAAAGCACUCAAAGAGCAGGGUGUCGUUUCUGUGGGAUGUGGCCAUGAUCAUGUCAAUGAUUACUGUGCCUUGACCCCUCAGUCUAAAGACGCUGCCCAGAGUGAGAAUGUUGGUCCCUGGAUGUGCUACGCAGGUGGUGGCGGAUUUGGCGGUUAUGCUGGCUAUGGCGGCUUCCAUCGUCGGGUCCGAGUCUGGGAUAUCGACAUGAAUUCCGGAAGAAUAGUGACAUGGAAGAGGGUUGAAUGCUGCGGCGACGACCUCAAGAAACGCAUUGGCGAACUGCUCAUUGUUGAUGGAGGUCGUGUUGUCGUCCCACCAGAAUCGAGUUGA